AUGGCUUCUUCAAAGGAAUGGGCAAGCUACAUAUCCUCCAUUGCUUUUUUUGUGUAUUUCCUUCUUAUCAUCUUCCAAAUCCCUCUUUUCAGGGUACCCUGUAGAUUUGGAAUAUGCAAAACACCUAUUGAGGUAACAUCCGCUCAGUUGAUUGCCAGUGAUCUCUUCCCCACCUAUGUAGUUAAGGUCCUUCUGUAUCCAGGGGCUAUUGCCAAUGCUAUCAUCAAGAACAGGGCUUUUCCAAGCUAUAGCAAAUUGUUAAAUUUAUAUAACAUCAGCAAUUUGAGAACAGCUCCUGCAGCAUCUGAUCUUCAACGCCUAGAGAUUCUUUCAGGAAGCUACUUGUCUGUGGUAGGAGCUUUUGUAGGUCUCUUAAGGCAUGGAAGAAUGAGCCUCUUUGGGACUAUGCUUAUAAUAUGGGGCCUUCUCAGAGAAAUCAUUCUGGGACAAUUUUAUAGCACGGUUCCCACAAAAGCUAUUCAUAUGUACCCAACAAUGAUAGUUGCUAUGGUUUGUGCUUUUUUGUCAGUUAGAAGGGAUGUAAGAAAAUUAAUCCAUAGUUCCUCCAAAGCAAGGCGGACCGCAGCCUGUUAUAGGAAAAGGGAUUAUAGGUACUGCGAUUUGAGUAUUAAGAUUACUAGAUGUCACAUCUUAAAGAUGAUUGGGUGA